CUAGGCAGCAGCUAUGGCAUACCAAAAUGAACCCCAAGAGAGCUCUCCCCUGAGGAAGCUGGGGAGGGGAAAGGUGGAGAUCAAGCGGAUCGAGAAUACCACCAAUCGCCAAGUCACUUUCUGCAAAAGGCGGAAUGGUUUGCUCAAGAAAGCCUAUGAAUUAUCUGUUCUUUGCGAUGCUGAGGUUGCACUCAUCGUCUUCUCCAGCCGUGGACGCCUUUAUGAGUACUCUAACAACAGUGUCAAAUCUACAAUUGAAAGGUACAAAAAGGCAUGUGCAGAUUCUUCCAACAAUGGGUCAGUUUCUGAAGCCAAUGCUCAGUUCUAUCAGCAAGAAGCUGCCAAGCUGCGCUCGCAAAUUGGUAAUUUGCAGAAUUCAAACAGGAAUAUGCUGGGUGAAUCACUUAGUGCAUUGAGUGUGAAGGAACUUAAGAGCUUGGAGAUAAAACUUGAGAAAGGAAUUGGUAGAAUUCGUUCGAAAAAGAAUGAGCUGUUGUUUGCUGAAAUUGAGUAUAUGCAGAAGAGGGAGAUUGACUUGCACAACAAUAACCAGCUUCUCCGAGCAAAGAUUGCAGAGAAUGAAAGAAGGCGACAGCACAUGAAUUUGAUGCCAGGAGGGGUCAACUUCGAGAUCAUGCAGUCUCAACCAUUUGACUCUCGGAACUAUUCUCAAGUUAAUGGAUUGCCGCCUGCCAAUCAUUACCCUCAUGAAGACCAGCUCUUCAGUUAGUUUAAAAAGCACCAAGUGCAGCAACUCCUCGCAUUUCCAUAUUCCAGAGAGUACCUACUAUUUCACUGAGCGCAAAAGCUACAAGUACUCUAAAACAAAAAUCUGAAGUAGCAUAGCUCAAAUUUGUGCCGGUGGAGAGCCUAGUACUCUUCCUCCAUGUAUUGCUUUUCCAGUCCCAGUUAAGACAUAACAAAUGUCAGAUAAGGAUUUCUUUUCUGCAUGUUUCAUGAAGGCACUAUAAGAUGCUGUGACAGUACUUGUGACUAACUUAUUAUAUAUUUUGUCUUAUAUUUCUUA